AUGGAAGGUCAGGAGUACGAGAUGGAACGGUGCUCAAAGCGUUUGAACGCCGCUGUCACGAAGGUGAACUUGUUGCUGGAGAGUAUUACCAUCAGUAUCAGCAAUGGUACUAAGGAUGUGGGCAGUGUUCGAAGGGAAUAUGGAACUUGGCUGAAGGCCUAUGAGCAGUCGCUCGUUGUGCAAGAGGAGUACCAAGCCCACAUGGACGGAGACGGUAAGGUCAGGGAAGAUGAGAACUCUGGUGAGGCCAAUGAGCAGUACCGUAAGUUCAAGGCCAAGGUAGAAAGGUGGUUGUUAGAUAAUGAAAAGCAGGAGCCUAUGGGCUUGGACUCUGAUCAGGAUGAGCAUCAUGUUAGUGCCUCACAAUCUGGCAGUAGGGGUUCAGGUAGUAGCGGAGGUAGCUCUAGGCUGAGCGAGAUGAUGGUUAAGGCCGAACAGGAAAAGGCAGAAAUUAUGGCGAAAACGGCGGCCUUGAAAGAAAGGCGUGAAAUGGAACAGGCUAAGGUGGACUUAACAAUGAAAGAAGAGGAGCUUGAGCUUAAGGUUCAGUUGGCUGUGGCGGAGGCAAAGGCAAAGGUUUUGGAGAACUUUGGUUCAGCUGCGUCGCAUUACUCACGAGUCUCUAGUAGGUCACGUAGGAGUCUGACCCAAAAACCGAAACUGGCGGAACUUGAUAAACACGCGAAACCCGAGACCGCCGCCAAUGUCACAGACGCGUCGGCCACGUCAAUCGCAGAAGUGGCUAGGGAACUGAAGAAACCGCAGGCUGAGAUUCGAAAAUUUAGUGGGAGUCCUUUAGAUUACCGGAAAUUCUUGAGGCAAUUCAACUCGAGAAUUACCGCAUACACGGAUAACGACGAUGAACGCCUGUGUUUCUUGGAACAGUACACUACAGACGAGGCACGCAGAAUUGUUCAGGGUUAUUCGCAUCUAGCUGGAUCCGUUGGUUAUAAGGCAGCACUACAGGAGCUGGAGACACGCUACGGUGACCCUGAGGUGAUAGGCUCUGCCUAUGUGCAGAAGGUACUGCGCUGGCCAAGCAUCAAGCCUGACAAUCCUAAGGCAUUGGACGAAUACGGUAUUAUACUGAUGGAGUGUCAACACGCUGUGAAGGAUGUCCAGGGUGACACUGUUUUGGAUUUUUCUGAGAACUUGAAGCGUAUUGUAGGCAAACUACCCUACUUUAUGCACGACAAAUGGCGGACCAACGUUAUGAAGGCAAAGGAAGCCAGGAAAACUGUCACAUUUAGCCAGUUAGUGGAGUUUGUAAGAUGGGAAGCGCGUAAGGCAAAUGAUCCGACGUACGGGCGUGAGGCUAUGGCGUAUUUGGGCAGCGCCACCUCUUUCGCUAAACCAGCUAGCAAACCGGUGCCAGGCAAACCAUUUCGGGCAAGGGGACUGGCCACUGGCUUAGGGAAUAGUCCUGGUAACCCUGGUAACAAGGAAAGUUGCUUGAAGUGUGGUGAGGGCCACACUCUGAAAGACUGUGUCAGGCUCAGAGGUGAAGCGCACGAAAAGAAGAUCGAGUUUCUGAAGUCUAAAGGGCUUUGUUUCAGUUGUUUGGGAUACGGACACCAAAGCAAGUUUUGUAAGAGGCGCUUGGCCUGUUCAACGUGCCAUAAGCAGCACCCAACACUGCUCCACAGGAGCUUUGUUGACGAUUCGAAUGGUAGUGGCGUCGGGUGUAAACCUGUGGGGUUUGUGGCUACUAACACUUGUUGUAGUCCUAUGGGGGCCGGGGUGAACAAGGUUGCAAUGUCAAUCUUGCCGGUUCGAGUGCGGAUGGAAGGAAGUGAGGCAUAUGUGGAAACAUACGCAGUCUUGGACUCUGGUAGUACUGCUACUUUCUGCACAGAGCGGCUCAUGUGCUCGCUUAACGCCACAGGUACCAAGACCACGAUUUUGCUGAAAACGAUGGGCAACGAGUCAAACACAGCCGUGACCGAGGUUAGCAUGGUACGCGGAAUGGAAAUAGCUACGUUAGAUGGGGACCAGGUGGUAAAGCUACCGCCAGUCUUGUCGCAGGCCACCCUACCCUUUAGUGAGGAGGACAUUGUGUCAGAGGACGAUGUGAAACAGUGGCCCUACCUGCAGGGUGUUCCCUUGCGAAGGCCUGCGGGUGAUGCAUGCGUAGGGCUUCUAAUAGGCAUUAAUGCGCCACAGGUUAUGGAACCUUACGAGGUUAUCCCUAGUGAAGGGGAUGGACCCUUCGCUGUACGCACCAAGUUGGGUUGGGUUGUGAAUGGGCCGUUGUGUACGACGGCUAGGGCCAACAGCAUUGUGGUUCAUUCCAAUUUCGUUCAUGCUUCGUCCAUGACGUCGGAGGCCGAAUUGAAUGAGACAUUGAAACAACAAAUGAGCUACGACUUCAGUGAGCGUACUGGUGCUGUGGAUGAUGUGGAACAGUAUUCGAGGGAGGAUAGGAGAUUCCUGGACUCGGUGUCACGGUCCAUCAAGUUUGAGGAAGGGCAUUACACAAUAGGGCUGCCCUUUAGAUCGCUGGACGUUAGUAUGCCCAACAAUCGGGCCCAGGCAGAACAGAGGCUGAAGGGGUUAGGUAGAAGGCUAGAACGCGAUCCCGAGCUCCACGCGGACUAUUGUGCGUUUAUGGAAAAAACCUUAAGUCAUGGGUACGCGCGUGAGGUCACCGGUGACCCGAUUCCACAGCCUGGUCACACAUGGUACUUGCCACACCACGGUGUGUACCAUCCGCAAAAGCGCAAACUGCGAGUGGUGUUUGAUUGCGCAGCAAGGUACGGCGGCACGUCGUUGAAUGAUCAGCUUCUAUCUGGGCCAAACUUGACAAACAAUCUAGUGGGUACCCUGUUGCGCUUCAGGGAACAGGAAGUGGCGGUUGUUGCCGACAUUGAGUCCAUGUUCAGUCAAGUCCGUGUGCCACUGGUGGAUGCAAGCUUUCAGCGAUUCUUGUGGUGGCGUGAUGGGAACUUGGCUGGUCCAGUGAUCGAGUACCAGAUGGUAGUACAUUUGUUCGGCGCCACGAGCUCGCCGAGUUGCGCCAGUUAUGCGCUGCGAAUGGCUGCGGACGACGGUGAGAUUGAGUUUGGAAAGGCCGCUGCUGAUACGAUACGCAAGAAUGUGUACGUGGAUGACUGUCUCAAGUCCGAUGGCACCGUGCCAAAGGUUGUCGAGCUGCAUGGCAAUGUGAAGGGUAUGACUAAAAGUCGUGGAUUCAAUAUGACGGCAUGGCUGAGUAGUGAACGUGAGGUGAUGGAGUCCAUUCCUAAUAAGGACUGGGCCAAGGGCGCGAAAUCCCUGGAUCUAGAUUGCGACAGUCUUCCGGUUGACCGCGCAUUGGGUGUCCAGUGGGACGCGGAGUCGGAUCAGUUCAUGUUCGAUGUCGAUCUUAAGGAGAGGCCAGUGACUCGAAGGGGAAUACUAUCCAUCGUAAGUUCGAUUUACGAUCCCCUAGGGUUUUUGGCCCCUUGCGUGCUGAAGGCCAAGUCGCUGUUACAAGAGCUGUGUCGGCUAAGUCUCUCUUGGGAUGAGCUUAUUCCCAAGAACUUGGACGAUCAAUGGAACAGGUGGAGGUCGGAACUGGAAGACCUGUCGUCUUUCAGAAUCAGUCGGUGCAUGAGGCCCAAGGAUUUUGGCGAAGUUCAGGGCUGUGAGUUGCAUCAUUUUGCAGAUGCAAGUGAGUCUGGGUAUGGUGUUGCCACCUACAUGCGUGUGGUGAACUCUGCUGGUAAGGUUCACUGUGGGUUGGUGGCUGGGAAGGCACGCGUAGCACCUAUAAAACAAGUGACAAUCGUUCGUCUGGAAUUGACUGCGGCCACGGUGGCUGUUAGGGUGGAUGGUAUGUUAAGAAGGGAACUCCAGCUGCCCAUAACUCGGUCAUAUUUCUGGACAGAUAGUAUGUCAGUACUAAGGUACAUUCGGAAUGAGAGAACGAGAUUCCACACGUUUGUGGCCAACCGACUGGUGGUGGUCCAUGAAGGAUCGGAGGUGGCACAAUGGCGGUAUGUCAAUACCGAGCUGAACCCAGCAGAUGAGGCCUCGCGCGGGCAGACAGUUAAGGAGCUGGUCAGCAAUGAGCGUUGGACAAAUGGCCCCGAGUUUCUGUGGCGGGAUUGUACCGAGUGGCCGGAAGCCCCAGACAUUCUGUUCGAUGCUUUGGAUAAUGACCCUGAGAUCAGAAAGGUUGUCACGACUGGUGUGGUGCGAGCCACCAACUGCGAGAGCGAUGCUGUUCGCACAUUGAUUAACUAUCAUUCGAGCUGGUUGAGCUUGAAGCGUGUGGUGGCUUGGUUGCUGAGAGUAAAGUGGACUUUGAUUCAGCGAGUAAGAGGAGACUCCAUAGGGGCAAAGGAUGGCCAACUCAGCUUGAAGCCACUCUCAAUUCGCGAUAUGAGCUUAGCAGAGCGCGCUCUUCUGCAGUACGACCAGCGAAACGCAUUCGCGUCAGAAAUCGCCUGCUUGCAAGGAAGUGCUCCUUUAGGCAAGAGAAGUCCGUUGCGUAAGUUGGACCCUGUAUUCGACGUCGAGGACGGGUUGCUCCGGGUCGGCGGCAGACUAAGCAGAGCCAACCUCCCCGAGGAAUCUAAGCACCCUGUGAUCCUACCAAAGGACAGCCAUGUAUCGACGCUUAUCCUGAGGCAUGUUCACACUAGUGUCAUGCAUGAUGGUCGCAACCACAUGCUGAGUCGUCUACGGCAGCGUUUCUGGGUGAUUCAGGCCACCGCGGCCAUCCGCAGAAUUAUUCGUGAUUGCAUAGUGUGUCGGAGAUUGAAAUCGCGAGUGGGUGAACAGAAAAUGAGUGACCUUCCGGUGGACAGACUCACGGCGGACAAUCCUCCGUUUCACUCAACUGGCGUAGAUUUCUUCGGUCCGAUUGAAGCCAAAAGGGGGCGCUCUCUCGUAAAACGCUACGGGGUCAUGUUUACUUGUCUAGCCAUAAGAGCCGUCCACCUGGAGGUAGCUGAUAGUCUAGACACCAGUUCCUUCAUAAACGCAUUGCGUCGAUUCUUGGCCCGGCGUGGGCAGUGCGUGAGACUACGGUCGGACAAUGGUACUAAUUUUGUUGGUGCGCAACGAGAACUUAAAGGCGCAAUAGACAACUGGAACAUGAACCAGAUUAGCUCCUUCAUGUUGCAGAAAAACAUUGACUGGGGGUUUAACCCCCCUGCGGGGUCCCACCAUGGCGGAGUGUGGGAACGGAUGAUUCGUUCUGUUCGUAAAAACCUGAACAGCGUGCUGGGUCAACAGACCUUAGACGAGGAAGGUUUGCGGACCUUGCUAUGUGAGAUAGAGUCAGUGCUGAACGACAGACCCAUUACCAGGGUUUCCGAUCACCACAAUGAUCUGGAGGCCUUGACGCCUAAUCAUUUGUUAGUAAUGAAGCGCAAGCCUAGUUUGCCACCUGGCACAUUUGUCAGGCAGGACCUCUAUUCCCGACGCAGGUGGAGGCAGAUCCAGUACAUGAGUGACCUGUUCUGGAAACGGUGGGUUAAGGAAUAUCUGCCACUCCUCCAGGAGCGUCAAAAAUGGCUUGGAGUUCGCCGCAACAUCCAAGUUGAUGAUGUUGUGCUGGUAGUUGAUGAGAACGCGCCUAGGAAUUCCUGGUUGAUGGGUCGCGUCGAGGUUGUAAUGCCGGACAGGCUUGGAUGUUACAUCCCGGCACGACGCCGCACGCCCCUGGAGCUCAUGAGUGCACAGUCACUCUUGCAGCUCCACGCGGCCGACGACCACGACGACGACCCCAACGAUUGCCCCCAGCCGGACUACUGGCCAAUAGAAGAGCAGGACUGGCCCACCGCCGCCCCAGCCCCAGCCCAGCCCCAACCGGCUCCGAUGCAAGAGGACCACAGAGACACUGACGGCCCAGCCCCCGCCCAGCCCGUGGAUUGA